AUGUCUACACCAGCAGAGUACUACAGGUCUCUACCACCUGUGAGCAAGGCCUAUGGAGUAGCAUGUUUGAUGACAACAGCUGCAUAUUAUCUCAAUCUUUAUGAUCCAUGGAGCAUAGCGUUGUUUUAUGGAUUAGUGUUUAAACGCUUUCAGGUAUGGAGGGUUAUCACAAAUUUCUUCUUUCUUGGACCAUUUUCAUUUCCAUUUGCAGCUCGUCUCAUAAUGAUAGCAAAAUAUGGUGUUUCAUUGGAAAGAGGGCCAUUUGAUAAGAGAACUGCAGAUUAUGUUUGGAUGUUGAUAUUUGGUGCACUCUCACUUCUGGUGAUGAGUGCUGUGCCAUAUUUAUGGUCUCCAUUCAUGGGAACUUCUUUAGUUUUCAUGAUUGUGUAUGUUUGGAGCCGAGAAUUUCCAAAUGCAAGAAUCAACGUAUAUGGUUUGGUAUCAUUGAAGGGUUUUUACCUUCCAUGGGCUAUGCUAGCUCUUGAUUUGAUAUUUGGAAAUCCUUUAAAGCCAGAUAUUCUAGGGAUGGUUGCAGGACACUUAUAUUACUUCUUAACAGUUCUUCAUCCUCUUGCUGGUGGAAAGUUCAAGUUCAGCACUCCUCUCUUAGUUCACAAAAUAGUGGCAUAUUGGGGAGAAGGUACUCAAAUGAAUGCACCAGUGGAAUCUAAUCCUUCAGCUGGAGUUGUGUUUAGAGGAAGAAGCAAUCGUCUUGGUGGAACUCAAACAACAAGGCCAAGAAGUACUUCUCAUGAAACAAAUGGCAAUGCUGCUUCUGUUUCUUCUUCCCCUCAGCAGCAGAAUCAGGGUGACGGAGUUGCUUUUCGCGGAAAAAGUUAUCGUAUAAAUGGAUGA